GGAAGGCUAAACCGGAAGUAGCUGGCUCAGCUGAGGAGAGUCACUUGUGCGUUUGCAGAAGAAGUUGAACUUUUUCAUGCACCGCUGAGCAACUUUCAUAGGAAUGAACGGGGCUCAGCCAUGCCUCGGACGAUGUAUCCAGUUCCCUUUAUACAUCCAUGAAGAGGAGGGGUAUUCAGUUGAUUGCAAUCUGCGACUUCACCGCUAGAAGCCCCUAAAUCCUACACACUGGACCUUUAAACCUCAAAGAAGAAGAAGAAGCAGACAUUAAGGGGAGCAGUUGAAGGCAGCACUUUUAAAUCCAACUGACAGGCCGACCGUUACUAAAUGUUUUAGACACAGUAUAUAAAACUUAACAUUUGGGUGUUAACAUUUUUCCUCAACUACGAACUGUUUCACUUCCUAAUCAAUGUAUGUAAGGACAACGUCGCGUUUUAGCAGACUUUAUUUAACCUGAGUUUAGCUAGCUAACCUAACGGUAGUCUGUGUUAGCAGCAGAGCUUGAACGUUAGCCGGUUUAAAGACCUGCUCCUGUUUUGACAAGCGUUUCCUCUUUCACAUAAACCACAGUAACACACACAGCAACAUUGCACAUAGAUAAGCCGCAGGCACAUCCCCUUCACACCCCUGCUGUAAGUUAUAAACCUUCACAUCCAGCCAACCUUUUAACAGCUGCCUCGAACUAACAGCAGAGGAGGAACACAGGAUCCGUCUGUUGCCUACUACUACUACUACGGCAUGCGGGAUGGGCCAAACUCGCUCAGAUCUAUCGCACAGCACCUCCACUCCAGGCACAGCGAAAUGGAAAGCAGGAGAGACAGCCCAGCGGCUCCGGAUCCGCAGAUUUAGGAGCAGAGAAAAGCGACAUGGUGACCAGUUAAACAGGAAUCCGAUGAAAAACAAAGUGUUGUCUUGUCUUGGUAGGAGAAAGCGAGACUCUAGCCAAACAGAAAGGGAUUUAGGUUGCGGAAACGGAGCCGGAGAUCCAGCAACGCACCGCGAUCAUAGAGUAGGAAAGUUGCCGCGGGACGAGGUUGUGUCGGCGGUUGGGGAGCACCGAGGAGCCCCGGGUUGUUUUGAGACACCGUCCGGCCUGCAUGUUAGUACCGAUGCUGACGCUGUGAACCGAGAGGCGACGGUUGGCUCGUCCGAUGCGUCAGGUUUGGAAACACGGACCGGUGAAGUCAGCGCUGCUGCGGGCUGUGAGGAGCCGAAACCCGGCCGAGAGGACAAUGCCUCGGAUCCCCCGACGAGGGCCAUGGAAGAUCAGCCACUGGGGGGAAACAACCAGGGUCGGAUUGUGUCUGAAGUUGGGGAAUUAACGGGGACUAGUCAGAGUUCAGCCCCGCUGCUCACCUCUGACCCGGACACGGAGCGGACUUUGUCUAGCUUGCUCUCGGAUAAACCUCUGGAUACUGGACUGUCGAUACCGGACGAUCACGCUGUUGGUGAAAUGACAAAAAGCGACUGUACUACCGUUUCAUGUCCGCCUAAAGCGACCGGUGACCAAAACAACUGUUGUCCGGAUGAAACUGAGGCAAGAGAUGACUCUGAUCAGGCGCCCCAGAGUCUUCCAAGAGGCCAAAGUUUCCCGGGCACCAUACCGAAACUCAUCAUAACCAGGGACCCCAGUCCCAGCCGCUCUACGGGGACACCGACACUGCUGACCGUGCCAACGGAGCUCAGCGCCGGGUCGUGUUUGGAUCCUCACCCCGAUGACGAGUCUCCCUGCUCGGACAGCGGCUGCGGAGGGUCCCCUGCGCUGAUGCGAUCACCGAGGAAGCUGUCAAACUCGUCCUCCAUCGGCUUGUCCUCCGCCUCUUCCUUCGAGGAGUCCGAGGACGACUUUACCGGGAGCGACAUCGAGUCCAGUCUGUCUCCGGCCCGGUCUCUGUGCAGCCCGGACGACGGUUCAGGGAAUAAGUCUUGGCAGAAGUUGAAGACCAUGGUUCACUGGUCCCCCUUCGUCGUGUCCUUCAAGAAGCGUUACCCGUGGGUGCAGCUAGCUGGCCAUGCAGGUAACUUCCAGGCUGGUGAGUUCGGGCGCUUGUUGAAGCGAUACUGUGAGUGUGAGCAGCUGUGCCUACAGGAGCUGAUGAAGGACACUCUGCGCCCAUAUGUGCCUGGUUAUUAUGGUGUAGUGCAGAGAGAUGAGCAGGACUACAACCUGAUGGAUGACCUGCUGGCUGACUUUGACUCACCGUCCAUCAUGGACUGUAAGAUGGGCAGCAGGACGUAUUUGGAGGAGGAGCUGAUAAAAGCCAGAGAGCGUCCACGUUUGCGGAAGGACAUGUAUGAGAAGAUGGUCGCGGUGGACCCCGGGGCCCCGACAGAGCAGGAGAGGACCCAGCAAGGCGUCCUCAAACCUAGAUACAUGCAGUGGAGGGAGACGCUCAGCUCCACAGCCACUCUGGGCUUCCGCAUCGAAGGCAUUAAGAAAGCUGACGGGACCUGCAACACCAACUUUAAGAAGACAAAACACAGAGAGCAAGUGAUGCAGGCUUUGGAGGACUUUGUCAAUGGAAACACUCAAAUUCUGAAACUCUACCUGCAGCGGCUGGAGGAGCUUCGCUCAGCGCUGGAGCAGUCGCACUUCUUCAGGACACACGAGGUCGUGGGCAGCUCUCUUCUGUUCGUGCACGACGCUUCGGGGAAAGCCAGAGUGUGGAUGAUCGACUUCGGGAAGACGGUUCCCGUGCCGCCCCCUCGUACCUUAGACCACAGGACCCCCUGGGUGGAGGGCAACAGGGAGGACGGUUACCUGUGGGGACUGGACAACCUCAUAGACAUCUUAAGUAGUAUGCUCCCACAGACGCCCUGAGAGGGAAGACAGGAGGACAUGAGUGAACGAUGGACCCCCAAGUUCUGAUGGUAGAAGAGAUGCAGGAGCAGAAGAAUUUGAAGAAAAGGAUGGAAUCAUUAGAAGAUCAAUUUGAGUACUUUUUCAAACACACACCGUGAUGCAAAAUAUCCAAAUGUCUUAUUCCAGUUGUACCUGUGCAAGAAGAGGAAACAAGACAGAAUUUUUAUUGCAAAGUUGAAUUUGCCAAAGGCCGACAUCGUGCAUCGUGCUCCGUUUGUCUCUGAGACUCUUUUUGACAGUCUUGAGUUUAUGGACUUGUGACUCACUUUUGCCUGCAAAGGGACACAUGUAAAAUAUCCCAUCUCCCUCAUCACCACCUCCCCCUGCUGGUUAGAUGUGCACAUAGCACUCUCAUAACCAGGAACUUGAUGCAGAGGUAUUUUACACUGCCUUCGAGGAACUGGUGUAAUGGGAGUUUUAUUUUUGUCAUGGACCACUUUUUGAACUUUUGAUGUUUAAGUGCAAGUAUACAGCAACACUAAAACACUGGUCAAACCACGUGUAAACUAACUCAAGUGUGUAAAUACAAUUUAAUUUAAUUUUUUUCUGGCCUUGGUAUAACCUGCUUACCUUGUUUGUACAAUUCUGUGCCUAGCAUUUUUAAAGAAAGAGCUGUGUGAUCAUUCCAGUGCAAGUGGACUCCUGCUAUUUUUCUUCCAAAGAGUUCACCCAAGUAUUAACUGAUUUACAUUUAAUCCCAAAGUUGAACUUCUGAUAGAAACUGAAAGUGUUUUCUAAAUUGGAUUUUUGUAUGAUAAUGUAGUGAAAGUGUCUGGGAUAAUUUUUUCUUCAUUUAAUUUGUACAGUAAGCGGCUUGGCAGCCUUGUUUGUCUGGAAUUUGUUGCACUAUGGAUCCUCACAAAGCCAUUGAACAAAACAAGCGGUGCCUCUUUGUGCGUUAAGAUGGGAAGCAGCACUCAAACACUGAGUUUACAAACGCUCAGUUCUCUCUGAUCAGUGUUGCUCAUAGAUUUCCAGGGAGGCUACAGAGUCUUACACUAAACUGGUGUAAACGGGUGAAAUGAAAACUGGAAUUACCUGAUUUAAACUGAUUAGUCUUAGUCUAGGCUUUUGUGAAGUUUCACCUAUGUAUCAACCUACAUGUGAUCUUGAAACUGGAAAAUUUCAACAUCUUAUGAUUCUAGGGAUGACGCAUAAUCGAAUACGAGAAUAUCAACUGUAAAUCACGAGGACGAUGCUUUAAACCUCAUUUAGCUACACUAAACAGUUUGAAUUGUUGAGGGUUUACAAAGAAAAUAGCAACAAGAAUAUGUGACAUUGUUAUAUUCAGAUAUUAAGGAAGUGCUUACGACCAUAUUUGAGGUUCCUUCAUUGGAAUGCAGCCGGUUGGCAAACAUAACAGCCGUGAAUCUUCCAGACGCCCUUUGACAGUGUCGGGAAGCUGUGUGUGUGUGUGUGGGUGUGCGUGUGGGUGUGGGUGUGGGUGUGUGUGUGUGUGUGUGUGUGUGUGUGUGUGGGCGGCUCACCCAGUACAGACAAGCUUUCUAAAUGAGUGCCGCAAACAUCUGACUUAAUGAAAUUGGAAUUCUACUUCAGGAAUUCAGUCUUUCCAUCUCUGAACAGUGACCAUAACCUGGGAGAGAGGAAUAAUGUAGUGUUUACAAAGUAUUAUAUUUCUUCUGCCCACAAAUUCUCUAUAUUUGUAAUGUGGCUGCAAGCUAUCAGGUUUUCAAACUGGGUGCUUUCUAUGUAAACUGGAUUCAUAAGCACACUUUGUAUUUUUAAAGGCAGUGUGACUGGUGAAAAUUGAUAUUAAAUCCCUGCUUUGUCCAGAAGGUCAUGGAUUGCAAUAAACUGGAAAUAAGAGUU